AUGUCAAAGGAAACUGCAUCCACUGAUUUGGUACUAUCGGCUACUCCACGCCAACCUGAACUAUCGCUGUCUCCAUCAAUCGAUUCCAUCAGACCUCAGGACUUCGCUGACGCCCAGCAACACCAUAAUAUGUCUAAUGACACUCUAUCCUGGCUGAUCAUCAAUGAACCACGCACUCUACUAUCUCUCAGGAACAGGUUGGCAUCAACAGAAGAGGCCAACGAUGCUCCAAAUCCUCCAAGCGUCGAUCAAAAUCACUCUAUCUCAGACCUCGUUUCAGUCCAGAUGCUACGUAUCGAAAUCUUUGGCCCUGUCUCCUCCGGCCAGCUUACUCCAACUGAACUCAAUGGCGGUGUGGAUGGUCCCACCAUAUCCCCUCUCAUACAAGCUUGGCGAGAAGCAUUUCGCUCUCUGCCAGAUCUGCACCAGAUCAGACACGUACAGUUUGACAUGUCCUGUCGUGACAAGCAUGAGCCAAGACAUAUCAUCCGGUUCCUUCAGGAGAUCAGUACUGUGAUAUACAUAAAGGCUAAGAGAAACUUGGGACGUGAACUAGUAUUUGAGGUCAUCGGAUGCGAGCAAGAGAAGAAAACGUGGUUGGAAGCAAGUUUGCCAGGCAAGAGGGCGAUGUGA